AUGAGUGGCAACAAUAAAGGAAGUAUGGUAUCUCGUAUGUUCGGUGGCUCAUCAAAAGGUGGUUCAAAAUCGAAAACAGCACAAACGCCACAGGAAGCCAUACAACAGUUGCGCGAUGUUGAAGAUGUUCUCAACAAAAAAGUGGAACAUUUAGAAGCAAAAAUUAACGAAGAAACAGCGAUUGCUCGUCGUGAUGCACGAACAAAUAAGCGUAAUGCGCUAACUGCUUUGAAAAGAAAAAAACGCUUGGAAAAAACUUUACAACAAAUUGAUGGAACAUUAACGACACUUGAAUAUCAACGUGAAGCUUUACAAAAUGCAGCUAUGAAUGGACAAGCAUUUGCUGCGCUUCAAGGUGCAACUAGUGCAUUAAAAAAUGUUCAUAAAGAACUUGAUGUUGAAAAUGUUCAAGACAUCAUGGAUGAAUUAGCUGAACAACAUGAAUUAUCAAAUGAAAUAGCCAAUGCUAUUUCAAGUCCUGUUGGUUUUGGUGCUGAAAUAGACGAACGUGAACUCGAAGAUGAAUUGGCACAAUUAGAACGAGAAGCCCUAUCAGAACAACUGACUCGAGUUGACUUUCCAACAGUUCCACAUCAUGCUAUUCCUGCUUACAGCCAACCGGCAAGUGCAUCAACGAAUAAAGCAAAUUAUGAUCAAAUGGCUGAAUUAGAGAGAUGGGCAUCGUGA